CCCAUCUCCAAACCAACACUCUCUUGGCUUCAUCACAUAUAAUCUCCAUUAACAAAGUAGCAGAAGAUGGCAAGCACCACCAAGGCAUCAUCAUCACUAUUCCUUGCAUCACUUGUUUUCCUUCUGCUACUCUCAGAGUUGGGGAUUCUGAUGGCUCAAGCAGCACCGGCACCCGCACCCGCACCAGCACCAGCACCAGGCACCCUAGAUGAAUGCCCCAAAAAGUGUGCAUAUAGAUGCAGCAAAUCAUGGAGGCAAAAGAUGUGUAACAAAACAUGUGUGGCUUGCUGCCGUAGGUGUACCGAUCAUUGUGUGCCUGAUGGUCCUACAGCUUCUCGAGAUACAUGUUAUUGCUACUCCCAGAUCAGAACCCAUCAUGAAAAGUACAAGUGCCCUUAGAUUCUUACAGUUUAGACCCUCUUUUUGCUUAUUUUUCUCUUUGUUUUUGUCUGUGGGAGAG